GUCGGAAACCGUCGUUUAACAUCCAGUGUCUGAGGAGGCAGGGCAGCAAUGACGACCUGCCGAUCCCCGGGACGUAUCACCCCACCUCCCCGCCACGCCGCGCACGCAUGCAGCAAUCUUUCAACAGUUACGAGUCUCAUCACUCUUCUGGGCGUUCCCCCGCGGCCUCCUCUGCAUCCUGGGCGAACCCGUGUCCUCGCCGCGGCCGCCUCCUCUACGCUCCUCUCAUCCUGGUGGAGGAGGAAGGAAGCCCCCCCUGGGGAGGAGGAGGAGGAGGCGGAGUUGGAGGAGGAGGAGAAAUGAAGAAGGGAGUAGGAAGAGGUGUCAGUGUGACAGGUGCAGCACCCAGACCGGCCUGGUACGGUGGCCCUGCAGGGACAUCAGCUCCGCCCCCGUACAGAGCGUACACCACCCUCAGAGUCCCGUCGCAGCUCGGCGCUCAGCUCACGGAGAAACGAGGAUCAGCUGACAGUUUGGUGGAGGCGGUUCUGAUCUCUGAGGGUCUCGGUCUCUACGCUCGGGAUCCGAAGUUUGUGGCGUUUGCGAAGCGAGAGAUCGCAGACGCGUGUCACAUGACGGUGGAUGAGAUGGAGUCCGCUGCCAGCGACCUGCUCGGCACUGGGAGCCACGGUUUACUGAGCAGCGCUGCGCCCGACCCCGCCGCUCUUUACAGUGACGAGGAGCCAAUCAGGACGGGCCGUGACGAGGACGAGCUGGCCGACGAGAUGACCUGUGUGACUUCAUUCUGAUGGGCUGGCACAGUGGACCAAUCAGGGACAAGACUAGGAGGGCAUCACUGACUGGCUGGACAUUUAACCAAUCACAUGACGAGGAUUGGAGGCGUGUCGUCUGAGGAUUUCUGACCAAUCAGAAAAGAGAUUAUAAAAGUAAACUGUUAUUAUGGAGGUCAGUAGAGUUGGUGUUUGGGACAGAUUUCAGUUAAGAAAGGACGAAAAGGAGCGAGUUAGUUAAUUAGUUAAGAAACGUUUAAGAUAGGAGGUGAAGAAGAAAGGAUGCUGGGCUGAAAAAAGGAGAAGAAGAAGAAUGUGAUGGAUGAAGACAAAGACAAAAAACAUGAGAGAUGAUUUAAAGGAAACAGAACAGACAUCGUCAGAGUCAACUGACAAACAAUUAAAGAUGGCCGCAAGCAGAGUGGGACUCUGCGCUGUUGUGUCGUCAUGGCGACAGGUUUCAUCAGCUAGUUGCUUAGCAGCACAGGAUUCCAGUUUACCCACAAUGCAUUGAUGACACUUUGACAGGUUAUCACAGUAGGCUACUGUUAAAGAAGGAAGGUUAGCAUUGGGCUGUAGCUUAAAAUGCUAAAAGCACACCUUCAGAAAGCUAGCUAAACUCUCACACAGUGCUGUUAGCUUGUGUUUUAGCAUUUACGCUCUGUUAAUUUGAUAAAAGAUGACAGCAUUAGCAUAGGCUUACUUGUUGCAGAAAGUUAGCCUAGCUACAUUAAAAAGCUAAAUAAAAUAAAAUACACCUCUAACUGAAUUGAAUGCUAAUUCAAUUCAACAGUAACAACCAGCAGAUAAGGAGCUAACUAGCUUCUACCAAACAGUGCUAGCUAACCAGAGGAAGCAAUAAUGAUGUCAGAGGCAGUUAGCCUAACACUUAGCGCCAACAUAAAACAAAAAUUUGCCUUUUUGUUGUGAUUGGUUAGCUUUAAACGCUAAACCAUUCUCUGCCUAAAAGCAGAAUGUUUACAGUAAGCUAGCUAAGCAAGCUAACAGCCACUCACAGCUGUGUUUAGCUAGUAGCCUACUCAAUACAAAAUGUCACAAUAUGAAUUAAGUUAGCAUCAUCUUUGUUUUAGCAGCGGCCCCUGCUGGACGCUAAUUAAAAACAAAAAACAUUUUCAAAUUACGUCAACAACCGUCUGAGGCUAAUGAAGACAGCCGAGCUAACACGUGCUAGUCGGCUACAUUGAUAGCAUGUUAGCUUCUGUUUGUCUGGUCCAAAUCUGACUGCUUUUUCUAAUGUUAAUGUUUUAAGAAUAUGAAACAAUAACCACUCACUAAAGGAACAAACGGAGAGACAGUUUGUUAGGAUGAACAAGUAUGCAGCUCAAAAUGCUAACAUGCUAACAAGCGCAACACAUCUUUCUAAUGCUAACUACAUGAAGAUAAAACGACGAGGCGUCAGUGAACAUCACGUUCUUCAGAGGUGCACACACGAGUCGAUGUUUAAGAGGACGUUUCUGAGAUUUUAUACCGAUGUAUUUGAAAGCUGUUAAAUGACGUGUUGAACUUCCUGCUCUGUGGUUUCUUGGAGCAGCAUGCAGGAUUAUAUUUCUCAUCUUUUAUUAACGUGUAUUUUUAUUCUCAUAACUUGAGAUGUUUGUCUCGAAUCAGACGACGAACUGAAAAUACUCGUUUGUGUCUUUGUUGGUUUUUUUAUUGGACCGAAGAAACUUGAGUGUUUGUUCAGUGUGUUUUCUAAAUGUUUGAUAUUUUUUAUUCUGACAGAGAAAAACUGUGAUCAUUUCUCAACAGCUGGUGUGUUUAUGUCCUGUCUGAAUUUAUGUGUUUCCAUCUCCUUUAGUUUUUUUCUUACUGACACUUUGGACAGUUUCCCAGCAGUUAAGGGCUUUUCAAUUCCACGCCUGGAUUCUCCAAAAAAGACGAUGAAACUGCCGUGACACCUAGUUUACCUCAA